UUUAAACAACGUUGUCACGAGUUUUGGUCACAUGCCUUAAGUCAAUAUGCCAACAACUACUUCGCUUAUCAGGAAAUAUGUGCUCUGGACUGUAUUACAGUACUUCAUUGUCAUACACGUCACUGAGGGGGCCGACAUACUGUGUAAUGGUCCACUAGGUUAUGAUGUCUCGUCUCUUAACGGAUCAUGGACCUUCCAAGUUUCCAAUAAGAACUGUCCUGCUGAACCAUCUAAUGGCUAUGCCACAUGUAACGUAACAUUGGCCUUCUGUAACAAAAUAGAGAAAAUACCCGAGUGCAAUGAAUCAUCUAGUGCAUGUGUGCAGGCGUCCAACUACACUGGGAAUAAUGAGAGCAAAAAUUUCUCAAUUGGUGGAUACACACAGGAUCCAUUCUCGCUUACUGGUGGUUUAAUCGUGGCAACCUUUGGACCAGUCUUCCUAAAUUAUAGCACCACAUGUGUUAACUUGACGACAGUAGUGAAAUUUCAUUGCAAUUUACAAUCAAAAUGGACCUCAGGAUCCCAAGGACCAACUCCAAUCCCGAAGUCGUCAAACAUUAAACCUGAGUUUGAAAAAAAUCAAAAGGGUGAAUGUACAUACACAAUUAAUGCAGAUUUUGAGGGUGCAUGUAUCAAUGUCGUCCCAUCCCUCCCCGUCUCGGGGCUGAGCGCCGGAACUGUUCUCAUCAUUAUAUUUUUUGUCAGUAUUAGUGUCUAUUGCAUCUGCGGCUGUACCUGUAACUUUGUCCGAGGAUACAAAGGGCCAGAACUCAUUCCUCACUCCCAGUUCUGGAUUGAUCUUCCCGUACUUAUUGCUGAUGGAAUGAUUUUUACCUUUAGAUGCUGCAGACAGGAGCCUACUGCGUAUGACAGCAUAUAGAAAAAUACAAUAGAGACAAUAUACAAUAAGUAAAUAUUGGAUUAGACAGACAUUCCCUUCGAAGUUCCGUUUUUGCCCAAUAAGCCCAUAAUAAACGCCCUCUCUUCCAUUAACUGUGACAACGCCGAAAAGAAAAAAAGUUUACUAUGACGUGUACAUAAUAUAAUUCUUGAUGUAAAAAUUAACAACUAUGCAUAAAAAUUUAAGUUCGUGUUUUCCAAAUAUUACAGUAUUAAUUUUUAGUCCUUAUUUUAUCUGAUUAACCAUAAAGUAAACCCUCAAUUAGUAAAAAAAAAUUAUACAGUGUGUAGUAAGUUUUAAUGUUAAAUACUCUCAUCUCCUUUAAGCAUAAUUUGGAUGGAUUUUUACACCCCCCUUUCAAUUUUCCAGCCGCCAUGAGUUGUAAUUGGGUCUAACAGAAUGCAUGUUAUUAGAGACCUUUUGAAAGGAACAGACGCUAAAUGCAUUGCAGUGAACUUGAUAUAUUUUUGCAGCUGGUAGAAGGAUGUACAUGAAUGAAUCAGAAUUUAUUUUCUCAAAAUUUCUCCUUAGAGAGAGAAAAUAUAAUACAAAUUAUGAAAAUUAUGGACGUACCAAUUUGAGAGAGAGAGAGAGAGAGAGAGAGUGGAAAGUUUAAUUAUUAAUUGUAUAAUAGCAUACUUUAUUGAAGCCUUAGUUUGAAGAUUAAUGGUAAGAUGAUUUUUUUUCGUUUGAGAGUUAUGAGUUGCAGAAGACGUGUGUUACUGUUUUGUUUGAGAGUUGUAAAUUAAAGAUGAUAUAUAUUGUUGUUGAGGAAAAGUCAUACUUUACAUUGGAGCCUCGUUAAUCUAGACUCUUGUGUUCAAAACCAAAUCGUCCAGAUUAAAGGAUUUCUGACACAAUUUUUGUUUAUCUUUUUAGUGCUAAAUAUAACUCUAAUAACCCCAAUAGAUGUCAGGGUUUGCAUUACUGAAGCAUACUUUAUAAUAGGUAUAUAUAGAUGUAAAUUCUGUUUCCCACAAAUUUUGUCAGGAAAGUGAAGAUUCCGGAUUAUGGAGGUUCAACUGUGCUAGUAAUCGUCGCACAGAUAUGAGUGCAUGUACAUGUAGAAGAAUAUAUGUAUGAUUCUAGUUUAUAAACUUUUAGAGAUAUAAAAGUUUUAUUUUGCUGAUAUUAAUAAACAUGUUGACUAUAAAUUUAUUUUUAUAUCAAGUACAUCAGUGUGUUGGAACUAGUAUUUCAUAAUGUUUUCUUUUGUGUUUCUUGAACUUUCUUCGUUUGUAACAAGGAUUAUUAUAAUUUGUAUAUGAUUAAAAA